CGGGUCAGUGGGGGGGCGCUGGAGGUGGAGCUGCUGGUGGAGAGGCUCCAGGACCGCAGGAGGAGGGCGGACCAGGUCCUGAGGCUGUGGUGGGCCAAGGACAGCAUCGUGGACCAGGAUGCGCAGCCAGAAUCUGAAACAGAUGGUCCUGACAAGACGGUUCUGAUUCUAGCCCAGGAACAAGAACUGAAUCCAAAAUUCCAUUCUGGAUCCAUAUCAGCAGAGAGAUCACAGUCCAGGACAGAUGAAACAAAAGACCUGGAGCUCGGAUCCACACCAGACCUGAGCCCUGAACUCAUAUUAAAUCUGAGUUCUGAAUUCCUCCUGGACUCUGAGUCUGAAUCCACAUGUGAAGUGGAACAUGAAUCCAGCUCAGACCUGCAGUCUGGGUCCAGAUUGGAGGAUACCAGAAACUCAGAUUUAGGAUCCAACUCAGUGCUUGAACCUGAUUUCAGAGCACAUCAAAAGUCCACAUUCAGAUCAGAGGAGAGCGGGGAGAUAGACCUGCAGUCCAGAUUCAAAUUAAACCUGGAGACUGGAUCCAAACCACAUCUCAAACCAGAGGACUGCGAAGACCUGCAACCUGAAUCCAACUCACAAUCUGGAUCCACAUCAGAGGAGCUCCGGGUGCAUUUCUCAGGGUCAAAUUCUGAAAUUGAAGCUGGGUCUGGACUUGAUCUGCAUUAUGGACCAAAACCAGGUAACACUGAAAACCAGGAGCUUCAGUUCAAAUCAGACCUGCUGCUAGAAUGUAGAUCAGAUAAGUCGAGGAUCUUCAGACCAGGUUCCAGGUUGUAUAUUGGAGAACAGAAAGCUGGAUCCAGACCAGAGACCAGAGCCAUGGAGUCUGGGGCAGAAGAGACCAGAGAGAUGAAGGCCAGACCAGAAGAGACCAGAGAGAUGAAGGCCAGACCAGAAGAGACCAGAGAGAUGAAGACCAGACCAGAAGAGACCAGAGAGGUUAAGGCCAGACCAGUAGAGCCCAGAGAGAUCAAAGCCAGACCAGAAGAGCCCCGAGAGCUGAAGGCCAGACCAGAAGAGACCACAGAGAUAAAGGCCACACCAGAGGAUCCCAGAGAGAUAAACGCCAGGCUAGAAGAGACCAGAGAGCUCAAGGCCAGACCAGAAGAGCCCAGAGAGAUCAUGACCAGACCAGAGGAGCCCAGAGAGCUGAAGGCCAGACCAGAAGAGACCAGAACUCCUGAAAGCGAAGACAGACGAGCUCCAGCAGGGAUCAGUCAAGAAGACUCCGCCCACCAUUCUCUCCUGACCAAUCAGAGGCAGCAGCUUUUAGCAUCUUUUGAGCGCCUUGAGGAGAAGUUGUGUGUCUGGAUACAGCAGAGCAGUGGUUUGUUGAUUCAAAUCUCUGGAGCUGGAACGAAUCUGAAAGAGGCUGAAGACACUCUGAAUACACUCCUGCAGCUGCACACACAGUCUGAGUCUGCAGGACGAGAUGCAGAGCAGCUGCAGGACCUCUGGGAUCAGCUGACGGCUCUGAAGGGUCCCAGCAACAGGAUCACCAGGACCACCAGGACCACUAGGACUGGUUCUGAGACCCGCACUGAGCACAACACUCUGCUCACUCCUCUCAAAGCUCUGACAGAGCAGCUGAAGCGGGGCCUGAAGUCCAGUUCCAGCCCCCUUCAGCCAGAUACCCUAAGUCCUGAUCUGGCAGCCCGGGUCAAGGUGGUCCUGGAAGACCUUCAGGGUCUGAGGAGGACGGUGGAGUCCAACCUGCAGCUGCUGCAGUUGUACGUCAGUUUCCUAAAGAUAUCUCAGCAGGUGGAGGAGGAGAUGGAGGAGCUGCGGGAGGUCUGCAGGAGACCGGAGGCGGAGCAGGAGGCGGACGCUCGCUGGCAAGAGACCCUGCAGAAGUUCACCACUGCCCAGGAUGAGGGAAACCGUCUCCUCCACACUGUUACCAUGCCUCAGGUGUCACAGUCGGGGUUGAACCGUUGGUCUGUGGAGUCAGUGGUGCAGCGGACGGUGCAGCGACUGACAGAAACCAAGGAGGACCUGGACCAGCUGCGGAGUCACCUGCUGGACCGGGUCCACGUCACGGUAGCUCAGAAGCAGGUCCAGAAGCAGGAGGAGGAGGUGCAGAGGUGGAGGACACACCAGGACAGCCUGCUGAAGACUCUGCAGGACCUGAGGUGUGUGUGGGAGCUCCUGGAUUCCUGCACUCAGGUGGACCUGGGUUCAGACGUCCAGGCCUCCAAACUGCAGCAGAGCUUCACCCAGGCCAGACCUCAUUUCACGCAACUCGAUGCCGAGGUGAAGUUUGUGUUGAAGAACUGUGAAACUCUGAGAGAAGUGGACAACAGGAAGAAGGCGGAGCUGCAGGAGAAGGUGGAGCUGCAGAAAGAGCUGGAGCGGCGGGAGGAUGAGCUGCUGAAGCUGCACCAGAAAGUGAAGGAGAAGAUCCAGCAGAGCGAAUCCAUCCUGCAACUGAGUGCCAGCUUCCACCGCACAGCCAAUCAGUUGGAGGUGCUGUUCCACUCACAGUCCCAUGCAGAGAGCAAGGAGAAGCGGGUUCAGAAGCGGGUUCAGGUCCAGAAUCUGUUCCAGACUGCGACAGCGCUGAAGACAGACAUCUGCACCACUGUUAGCCGUAGUGGUGCUCCAGUUUUCCGGCUGCAGCAGCUGGAGGAGCGUUUCUCCUCUCUGGACUCGCUGUGCGACUCGUGGCUGAAGGAGGAGAAUCGUCGGGAAGAGAGAGUCCAAAGGGAGCAGCUGACUCGCCUCCUGCUGGGAGACAUCGGACAGCUGCAUGACUCCUUCGGAGAGCUAAAGAAACGAUUCAACAACCUGAAGUUCAACUUUGCGAAGCGGAGCGAGCGCUGGAGGAACACCAAGGCCAACAAGAACCAGAUCCAGCAGCUGGACCUCUACCAGGACCGGCUGCAGGAGCUCAGGAAAGGUCUGCAGGGGGUGAUUGCCCGCCUGGGGUCAGAGGUCAAAGAUGGGGGAGCAGCUCGAGAGGUGGAGGAUGCUGCCAAUGAACUGCAAAGGAUGAUGGGAGAACUGGAGCGGAGUGUGUGUGAACACCGAAAGACUCUGGACAUGACGAGCAAACUGCUGAAGGCCAUGGAGGAGUUCCAGUGCUGGUGUGAAGAAGCUGCUGCCACCAUCUCUCGUGUGGGGAAGUUCUCGUUGUCGUGCCGCAGCACUGCGGCCGUCUCCAUCCUCCAUCGGCAGCUCGAGGAGUACGUGUGGCCGACCGUCCCUCAGCAGGAGGAGAGGAUCAGUGACAUUACCGAGCUGGCAGCACGGCUGCACGGGGUGGAGGAGGGACGGCGCUACACAGAGAAGACAGUGAACAGACACAGUGAGAUGGUGGAGUCAAUCCGAGAGCUGAGCAACAACCUGCUGGAGUUGGAGAGCAAACUGAAGAUGGAGCAGGAGGAGGAGCAGAAGGAAGAGGAGGAGAAAAGACCUCAUUUCACCAAGGACCUAAAGAAGGAGCAGAGAGAUAACCGAUGCAUGCAGGAUGACAUGUGUGAACUGAAGGAAACAGGCCACACCCCCGAACUGACCACCAAGCACAAUGGGAAGGAGGCACAGCUGAGAAACCAGGGCAGAAAGGAGGAGCAGCUGAGAAAACAGGGUGGAGCCAAUAGGAAGCCUCCACUGUCCAGGAUCCAGAGUGAAGACAUGGAGUCUGACAGCAGCCACCAAUGGCACGGCGACACAUUGACCUCCUCCUACUGCUCCACCCACACACUCCGCCUGUCCCGCUCCCCGCUGGAGGCCGGCAGACGACUGCACGCCAUCCACAGCCAGUCACAGCAUGCCACCUUGACCACAGAGCCUCGGGCCACGCCCCUUUCCACUGCGGGUGACAUCCAAAGGGAGUUUCAGGAGGACGAGGAUGAAUCGGAGGCGGGCCUGUUGGACACCAUGACCGAUGACUCUCUGUCCAACGAUGAGUACGAGUGUGUGUCACCAGACGACAUAUCUCUACCACCGCUGGCAGAGACUCCGGAGUCCAACAUCAUUCACUCAGACCUUGAGGAGGGCUUCUGUCUCAGUUCUCAUAGCGUCCACAUUCACCAGCUCAGCCACCAGCACCAUACUCAGCCAGAACCGGCUGGGACCGCUGCCAGUUCUGACCGACAGCAGAGGGAGUCCUGCCACAGCGGUCCAACUUCUUCCCCAAACCUUCACAGCAGCACCAGGUUCAGGUCAGAGUCCAGCUCAUUUGCCCGGAGUCCUUCAGCUUUUCCUGCUCCGGUCGUCCCCAGACGAGACACAAGCAUUGCUUCUGCUCCCCAGCGAUUCUCUGCUGAUCCUCAGACCAACAAGAACCUUCCACAUGGAUGUUCUCCCAAAGACAAUGAUGCCAAUGAUCUGAAGAAUAGUUCACAAGUGAGCCAAACUGUUGGAUUCAAGAGUGAGACCAUAGCACAUGUUGCAGAACUCAAACAGAGUCCUCAGCCCUCGAUUAGUCCACAUCCUGGUAUUAUUCAUCACAGCAGUCUCGUCAAAGGUGACUCUCCCUUCACUCCGAGCGCAGCUGCCAUAUCUGAAAUGACAAGUUUCCAUCAGUGUUCGCUUCAUCAGGACCCCCAGACAAUGAGAGAAACCAAACCUCAGAGCAGCAGGUCAGUGACAGAAGAGACGGUUUAUCUCCAGACGUCCGUCUCUGAAAGUCAUGUCAGUCUGUUAAAGGGUGGCAAAGAUUCCCCCCAACACGGGCUCUCAUCACAGAUCAGUGAGGCUGGAGAGGUUGGUCCAACUUCCAUCAUCUCAGAUCACCAAAACCAUCCAUGCAACAAUGUCCUUAAAGGUGUGCCAAAGUCAGACUCCAGGAUUGAGUUCCACCAGGGAGGGCAACCUCCUGAAACUAAGAAGGAGGUGUUGUCAGUCUCUUUAAGUACCACAACAGUCAUUCAACAAACUGUGAGCUGCCAGCCCCUCCCUUCAGACAGUCCUGUAAGCGUGCCAAAGGGUAAAAGCAGCUCAAACAAACCAGUUCAUUCAGCUCCAAGUGAACCGUGUCCACCGGUGGGCUUGGUUUGCCGCAGUUUCACUGUCCCUACCCAGCCACAUGACAAAGGUCUUCAGACCAGCACAACUUGUGCUUUAGCUGACACAAGUCAUGAAGAUCGGGAUCUCCUCCAGCCCUGCAGAGAGGCCAAGGGAAAGCUCUCUGAGACCGAAGUGAAAGGUCAAAUAGACCUUCCCAGCAGUCCACAUACCAGGCAGACCGUAGACCGAUUGACCCCACCGCAAAGCAGCAAAAUCUCAUCCCGAGGGAGUGCUUUACCACAGAGUAAGACCCUCUCUCAGGUUAAAGUGAUCCGCCAGGACAGAAAGUCAGAUCAAAGAUCCAAUUCCAACUAUCCUGAACCCUCCAAAGAUGAUCCGGAUGUUCUGCAGUCCACAUCAACCCUUCCUGACGGCAACAGUGUUCAACUGUCUUACCUGCGUAACAGGAGCAGCCAAGAACAGGAUCCAGGAUCUCCUCAAAGCGGCAAAGAGUCCACACCACCAAUAAGCAAAACUACUCCUCCAGAACCACCCUGCAUCGACCACCAGACAGUGUCCUCCCUCCACCAGCCCCUGACCUCCACCUGUACCCAGCAGUGUGUGCAUGACUCAGGCAUGAUGCCCAUCUCCUCCACCAGGCCUGCUGCUGCCCCUCAGCUGGAGGCUAACCCGCAUGCCACGCCCCCACCCUCUCCACCUCAUCUACUAACUGCAGACCAAGACCCUGACAUUUGUCUGCCAGUGGCCAUUCGGGAGGAGAUCAGACUUACUCCUCAGAUCCAGGGUCCUCCGCUUGCUCCUCCUGCUCCUCCUGCUCCUCCUGCUCCUCCUGCUCCUCCCCAGGUCCAGGCAGAGUCUCUUCCCCAGGGAAAAGCCUCUCGACCUGCCCCUCCCUGCAUCACCAGGCCUCUGUCUAGAGCUACUGUCAUGGAGGGCUCUCCAGUCACGCUGGAGGUGGAGGUGACGGGACUCCCAGAGCCCACGCUUACCUGGUCUGAACGUGGACCGGACUGGGACGGGACCCGGACCGGCCUCCACCAGGACCCGGGGCAGGCGGCCGGCGGGUGGCUGGUGGAGGAGGUUCUGGACGUGAUGAGUGCCGACCUGCUGACCUGGUUCGGUUCUCUGUGUGUUCUCCUGUGGCUGCUCUACCUCCUUCUCCUCUGAAUCCAGCCAGGAGAUCCUGGACCUAGACCAGUCUCCAGCUGGACUCAGGAACCUCUUCAAACUGGAGCUUUGCUGUAAUCUCAGACUGUAACGCUGAUAGAGCCUCUAGAAACUGUCCAA